CACAUUCACAUUCACUCAGCGAAAGCAUUUGGGAUUUUGUACAUGAAUUAAGGAGUAUUUUCUAAGGGAAGAGGAGGGUAAGGAACUCUUUUUUGAACACAAUUUAAUAUUUUAACGAGGGCUUUUAACGGAUGAAUUUAAGUGAGAAAAUAUCCCUAAAGAGCAACAUCUUUUACCAAUUCAAAAUCAAAUUUUUCUAUGUGCUUUUUGACCAAAGUAGUCCUGGCAAAAAAAGUUUACCAAAUCCAGCUCAUAGAACUCCCAUACUCCUGGAAGGUAACACACGCAAUUUCCCACACCCGCUAGCACAGGAAAAGGGGAAAUAACAAGAGGACGCUAUGGCCAAAAAGGAGGAGCCCCUUAUGGAAGGGCCUAAGCGGAUAAACCGCGAGUUGGCCCUGAUGCUGGAGGAUAAACAGAACCUGCAGUUCCGUAACUUGUGGGUGGAGCCGAAUAACAUCUACAAGUGGACCGGCCUGCUGAUGCCAGUGGCUCCGCCCUAUGACAAGGGAGCCUAUAACAUUGAGAUAGACUUUCCUAAGGACUAUCCUUUUAAGCCACCUCGCAUCCAUAUAACCACUAGGAUGUAUCACCUAAAUGUCAACGAACGUGGUCAGGUGUGUGUGCCUAUCUUGGAGAUCGAACAUUGGAUUCCAACUACUCGGAUCGAUCAGGUCUUGCAGGUCCUGCUGGCGACCAUCAAUGAGCCGCAGCCGGAAAAUGCUUGGCAUAUGGAAAUGGCUGGGGAGUAUAAAAAUGAUCCUGUAAGAUUCUUCAAGAUGGCCGAUGCCUGGGUUCAAAAGUACAGUGAACGGCGACCAACAGAUGAGGAGCUUGCAAAGUUCGCUCGUAAGCGGAAGAAGGCGAUGUCGAAGGAUUAGCUUUCAAAUUCGGUAUUUUAAUAAGACAUUUUUCAUAGCCACUAAAAUGAAAUGAAAUUUGAGUCUGAAAUUUUUUGGUAUUCAUGAAAUUAGAUAUAUUUGAAAAAUC